AUGGCGCCCAAACGAACUUUACUGUCGGGAGCGGUGCAGGCGGGGCGUGCGGAGUGCAUUGAUCUGUUCCAGGUCGCCCGCAGGCGAGACGCGGGGGUCUCGCUCCACCGAGACCGCGCCAAACUCGGGGAACUGACCGCUCGCCCCGGGGGCACCGCGCAUGCGCCGCUCGCCGUACGGAAGCCGGGAGGGCAGGGGGCGGGGCCGAGGCUGGCGGGCGCGGGGAAAAUGGCGGCUGCGGCUGCGGCGGCUGCGGCGGCGGCGGCGAACGGGACCGGAGGGAGCAGCGGGAUGGAGGUGGAUGGAGCAGUAGUCCCCAGCGUGAUGGCCUCCGGAGUGACCGGCAGCGUCUCCGUCGCCCUGCAUCCCCUCGUCAUCCUGAACAUCUCAGACCACUGGAUCCGCAUGCGCUCCCAGGAGGGGCGGCCUAUGCAGGUGAUCGGGGCUCUGAUCGGGAAGCAGGAAGGCCGGAAUAUUGAGGUGAUGAACUCCUUUGAGCUGCUGUCCCACACCGUGGAAGAGAAGAUUAUCAUCGACAAGGAGUAUUAUUACACCAAGGAGGAGCAGUUUAAACAGGUGUUCAAGGAGCUGGAGUUUCUGGGCUGGUACACCACAGGGGGGCCGCCUGACCCCUCCGACAUCCACGUCCACAAGCAGGUGUGUGAGAUCAUCGAGAGCCCCCUGUUUCUGAAGUUGAACCCUAUGACCAAGCACACAGACCUUCCUGUCAGCGUUUUUGAGUCUGUCAUUGAUAUAAUCAACGGAGAGGCCACGAUGCUGUUUGCCGAGCUGACCUACACUCUGGCCACAGAGGAAGCUGAACGCAUUGGUGUUGACCAUGUGGCCCGAAUGACAGCCACAGGCAGUGGAGAGAACUCCACUGUGGCUGAACACCUGAUAGCACAGCACAGCGCCAUCAAGAUGCUGCACAGCCGCGUCAAGCUCAUCUUGGAGUACGUCAAGGCCUCUGAAGCAGGCGAGGUCCCCUUUAACCAUGAGAUCCUGCGGGAGGCCUAUGCUCUGUGUCACUGCCUCCCGGUGCUCAGCACAGACAAGUUCAAGACAGACUUUUACGAUCAAUGCAAUGACGUGGGGCUCAUGGCCUACCUCGGCACCAUCACCAAAACCUGCAACACCAUGAACCAGUUUGUGAACAAGUUCAACGUCCUCUAUGAUCGACAAGGCAUCGGCAGGCGAAUGCGGGGCCUCUUCUUCUGAGGGUACUUGAAGGGAUGAUGCACUGGGGUCAGCCGCCUGUCCCAAAGGGGAGGGGCGCUCCACUCCCUUUAGAGAAACCGCUGUGGUCAAUAAAAGGGGAACAGCCCCUCAGCACCCCU